AUGCCCAAUGCUGCCGUCCGGCCGUUCAGCACCGCCAUGCGACUGCGGAUGGCGGCAGAAGACGAGUCGUUUGAUCCCGCGACCAUCGAGCGUGAGUCAGACGAGGUCGACGUCUGCAUCAUCGGCGCCGGCCCCGCGGGCCUCAGCGCCGCCAUCCGGCUGAAGCAGCUGGCCAACGAAGCCGGCAACGAGGACUUCCGGGUGCUGGUGCUGGAGAAGGCCGGCGAGGUGGGCGCGCACAUCCUCUCGGGCGCCGUCAUCCAGCCGUCGGCCAUCAACGAGCUGCUCCCCGACUGGCUGGACGAGUCGAACCCCUCGCGCUUCGAGCACGCGACGCCCGCCGGCACCGACAAGAUGCGCUUCCUCACCAAGACGGCCGCGAUCCCCAUCCCCGCGCCGCCGCAGAUGAACAACCACGGAAACUACAUUGUCAGCCUGAACCAGUUCGUCAAGUGGCUCGGCGAGCGGGCCGAGGAGGUCGGCGUCGAGCUGUACCCCGGCUUCGCCGCCGCCGAGGUCCUCUACAACGCCGACGGCUCGGUCAAGGGCGUGGCUACGAACGAUCUGGGCAUUGGAAGGGACGGCAAGCCCAAGGAUUCGUUUGAGCGCGGCAUGGAGUUCCACGCGCGCGUCACAAUGUUCGGCGAGGGCUGCCACGGCAGCUUGACCAAGAAGGUGGUGAGCAAGUUCGACCUGCGGCGAGACAGCCAGCACCAGACGUACGGCCUGGGCAUCAAGGAGGUCUGGGAGAUUGACCCGGCCAAGUUCGAAAAGGGCCUGAUUGUCCACUCGAUGGGCUACCCCUUGCCCAAGGAGGUCUACGGCGGCUCCUUCAUGUACCACUUUGGCGAGAACCUGGUGAGCCUGGGCUUGGUCGUGUCGCUAGACUACGAGAACCCCUGGAUGUCACCCUACCAGGAGUUCCAAAAGCUGAAGCUCCACCCGCUGUUCAAGAACGUCCUGGAAGGCGGCAAAUGCAUCUCGUACGGCGCCCGCGCCCUCGUUGAGGGCGGCUUCCAGAGCAUCCCCAAGGUGGCCUUCCCCGGCGGCGCCCUGAUCGGCGACUCGGCGGGCUUCGUCAACGUGCCCAAGGUCAAGGGCACGCACAACGCGAUGAAGUCGGGCAUGCUGGCGGCGGAGGCGGCGUGGAACGCGCUCCGCGCGCCCAGCGAGGGCACCGUCUUCCUCUACGACUACGAGGACGCGCUGCGCAAGUCGUCCAUCUGGAAGGAGCUCAAGGAGGUGCGCAACAUGCGGCCGUCGUGGCACAACCCGCUCGGCGUGUACGGCGGCGUGGCCUACUCGGGCCUCGAGGCCUACCUCUUCAAGGGCCGGGUGCCGUGGACCUUUAAGCACGGCAAGCCCGACUACGCGGCCACGAAGCCGGCGGACCGGUUCCCCAAGAUUGAGUACGACAAGCCCGACGGCAAGAUCACCUUUGACAUCCUGACCAGCGUCUCCCGGACGGGGACGAAUCAUGAGGAGGACCAGCCGGUGCACCUGCAGGUCAAGGACUGGGAUGCCCACACGGACAAGGCGUACCCGCCGUUCAAGGGGCUCGAGAACCGCUUCUGCCCGGCGGGAGUGUACGAGUAUGUGGAGGACGAGUCGAAGCCGCACGGCGUGCGAUUCCAGAUUAAUGCGCAAAACUGCAUUCACUGCAAGACGUGCGAUAUCAAGGCUCCCCAGCAGGACAUCAACUGGCAAGUCCCCCAGGGCGGAGAAGGCCCCAAGUACUACAUGACAUGA